AAUGUGGUUAUGAAUUAUUCAGAAAUAGAGUCUAAGGUUCGAGAAGCAACCAAUGAUGAUCCGUGGGGACCUUCCGGGCAACUCAUGGGAGAGAUUGCCAAGGCUACGUUUAUGUAUGAGCAGUUCCCAGAACUCAUGAACAUGCUUUGGACUCGGAUGCUGAAAGAUAAUAAAAAGAACUGGAGGAGAGUUUAUAAGUCUUUGCUGCUCCUAGCUUACCUCAUAAGGAAUGGAUCAGAGCGUGUUGUUACAAGUGCCAGAGAACACAUUUAUGAUUUGCGAUCCCUGGAAAAUUACCACUUUGUAGAUGAGAAUGGCAAAGACCAAGGGAUAAACAUCCGCCAGAAGGUAAAAGAGAUGGUUGAAUUUGCUCAGGAUGAUGAUCGGCUCCGGGAAGAGAGGAAGAAAGCAAAGAAGAACAAAGACAAAUACAUUGGGGUUUCCUCAGACAGUGUUGGAGGGUUCAGAUACAGUGAAAGAUAUGAUCCUGAGCCCAAGUCCAAAUGGGAUGAAGAAUGGGAUAAGAAACCAGCUUUCCCAUUCAGUGAUAAGUUAGGUGAGCUGAGUGACAAAAUUGGCAGCACCAUCGAUGAUACCAUCAGCAAGUUCCGAAGGAAAGAUAGAGAAGACUCUCCAGAAAGGUGCAGUGACAGUGAUGAGGAAAAAUCAAGAAGAGGUAAAUCCCCCAAAGCUGAAUUUAAAGAUGAAGAGGAGACUGUGACAACGAAACACAUUCAUAUUGCACAAGCUACAGAAAUUACUACCAUCAGGCAGAAACGCUCAGCAAAUCCUUCAAAAACCAUUGACUUGGGAGCAGCAGCACAUUAUACAGGAGAUAAAGCAAGUCCAGAGCAGAAUGCUGCUGCUCAUCCUGCACAGCCUACAACAAAGGCCGCUGUACCUGCUGGCAGCAAGUCUUCUAAUGACCUGGUUGACCUGUUGUUUGAUGGAGCUAGCCAGCCAGCUUCCACAGGUGGAUCAGCUGACCCAUUUGGAGGAUUUGCUGAUUUUAGUUCACCUGCUGCUUCAGCAAGUUUCCCAUCAUCACAAGGUACAGCAACAAGUGGAAAUGGAGACUUUGGUGACUGGAGUGCCUUCAACCAAGCUUCUCCUUGUCCCAGUGCUUCACCUGGAGAGCUCUUGGGCAGCACGGCACAGCAGCCAGCUCUGGAGCUCUUUGGCAGCUCCCAGCCAGCUUCUGGCCAGCCUCCAACUGCUUCAAAUUCUACAGAUCUUUUUGAUUUGAUGGGCCCCUCUCAGACCACCAUGACUGCUUCACAAAGCAUGAAUUUCUCCAUGAUGAGUUCCAGUUCUGUGGGCAUCAGCUUACCCAUGUCCAGGUCCCAGCCUCUGCAAAGUGUGAACACUAUGAUGCCGAAGCCUAACUGUCUUUAUAAUGCAAGGACAGAGAUGGUCCAGAAAAAUGCAAGCAAAACUCUACCUUCAACUUGGUCAGAUCCAAGUGUAAAUAUCAGUUUGGACAAUUUAGUACCUGGGAUGCAACCUUCCAAACCCCAACAGCCAUCACUGAACACCAUGAUGCAGCAACAGAAUAUGCAACAACCGAUGAAUGUGAUGACCCAAAACUUUGCAGCCGUGAACCUCAGUCCUCAGCCUAACAUGAUGCCUGUCCGACCCCAGACAAGCACAUUGAUGGGAGGGCCCAUGCCUGUGGGGAUGGGAAUGCCCAAUGUGAUGUCAGGUACGAUGGGAAUGACCACCAUGGGACCCACACCGAUGAUGAACCAGGGAAUGAUGGGAAUGAACAUGAACAUGGGAGUGCCAGCUCCAGGAAUGGGUUUGACGGGCACAAUAGGAAUGGGGGUACCCAAUAUGGCUAUGACCUCUCUGACUCCUGGAACUGUACAACCCAAGCAAGAUGCCUUUGCAAAUUUUGCCAAUUUUAGCAAAUAAAGAUUGUAAAAUAAAUAAAUAAAAUGAAAUUCAAAAAGAAUAACUGGGCAGACGGAAUGAAGGAUUUUUAGCUGCACAACUAUAGCUGAGGAAGGGAUGGAAAACACUGAUCAAUACUUCCUUUUUUUUUCUUUUUCCUUAUCAGUUAAAUUCUCUACAUAAAGAACCAAAAGCUAUUUUCUAAGUGUUGAAAUAACUAGUGUUCAAAUUCUGGAGAGGUGAAAGAUUAUUCUAAGGAAUGUGUUGGAUGAUUUUGCAAACUAAUUUGUAUUAAGACCAUCAAAAAAAACCUUUCCUACGUAGAAGAACCAAUUUUAACUUUGAGACUUGAUGGAAGACUGGAUUGGGGGAUUGGGUAAAAAAUGUUUGAAUCUAAUUUUAUACUUUUCUUUUUUUCUUGAAGAGCUUUGACUUUCUUUUCCCUCUCCCUGAUCGCUUUGUCAUAAUUGGAUCAUUCCUUUUACUACCACUGAGUCCACAAUUGUGAAGUCACUCAAGUACUAGGAUCAGUUUUUUAUAAGAAUAUAUAUUUUUGUCCAAAAAUGGCUUACAUAUGUGAUUAUGGCUCAUUCAAAGGGACCUGGAAUGUAUAUAUACUUUUGCUAAUGUUCCAGCCACACUGCUGUACUUCCCAAAUUUUUAUUGUAAAAAUCCUCAGCAAUUUGGUGAUCAACAGAUUUUUUUUGAGGGGUCUUAACAUCCUUCUAAUGUU